AAAAGAAAUUGCCGAAAUAAUUUAUCCACUAUAUUGUGCUAUGUAAGAUCAUUGUUUAAAAAAAUAAGUUCGUCAUCUUACAAAAAACUUAAAUUCGUGUAUAGAAACUUUGAUUUCAAAUAGUUUCUUGAGCAGAAAUACCAAGAAAAAACAAGUUUUGUUUGUUUAUAUAUUUGAAAUACAAAUAAAAUAUUUAUAUAAAACAUGGAUCCAUCAUCAUCAAAAGAAGAGAAACUAACUGAAACACAAAUUGAACUUCAAAAUUUUUUUCCUAAAAUUUUGGAGGAAAUUCAACAAAUCAAAGUUAUUGAGCCAGGAAAUCAGCUUUUGCCACUUGCCCGUAUUAAAAAGAUCAUGAAACUAGAUGAGGAUGUUAAAAUGAUAUCAGCAGAAGCUCCUCUUCUCUUUGCCAAAGCAACAGAAAUUUUUAUUCAUGAGUUGACACUUCGUGCUUGGCUUCAUACCGAAGAUAAUAAAAGGCGAACACUUCAAAGGAACGACAUUGCAAUGGCAAUUUCUAAAUUUGAUCAGUUUGAUUUCCUAAUUGAUAUUGUUCCUCGUGAUGAAAUUAAGCCUAAGAAAGAAACUGAAACAAAAACAACUGUUCAACCAGAAGUAUUUUAUGUAUCACCACAACAAUCAAUACAAACUGUGUCCGUUCCAACAAUGGCUCAAACACCGACACAAACUAUUCAAAUUCAGAAUGGAAUUCAAACGACAUCACCGUCACAAAAUAUAAUUUUGCAAAGUUCAGCCCAGUCUCAACAACUUCCAACAAAUCUGAUACAAAUUGGAAAUCCUGGACAACAAAUUCAAUUGGUGCAGCAAGUUGUCUCAGCGAAUGGAGAAAUAUCACAAAUUCCGUGUAAAGAAAUUAUAAAUUAUAAAAUGCCUUGGUGGUAUUUUGAAAAAGAGGAAUUAAAAAAUACACCAUCAAGAAGAGAUGGUGUUGAUUUCGAUACUGAGAAACGAUAUCGUCGUGAGGCAACAAACUUCAUAAGAGAAUGUGGAACUGAAAUGAAUCUGGGAUAUGCAACAAUUCAUUCUGCAGUCGCUUUUAUGCAUCGAUUCUACAUGUUCCACUCAUUUAGAACUUUUCCCCGAUUUGUCACUGCAUGCAGUUGUUUGUUUCUCGCUGGAAAAGUGGAAGAGACACCAAAAAAAUGUAAAGAUAUAGUAAAGAAAGCCCACAGCAUUUUAUCGUCGGAAAAAUUUGCUUCAUUUGGUGAAGAUCCCAAAGAGGAAGUCAUUACAAUGGAAAGGAUUUUAUUAAAAACAGUUAAAUUUGAUCUGCAAGUUGAUCAUCCUUAUCGGUUUGUCAUUGAAUAUGCAAAAUGUUUGAAGAGUAAUUCGCCGAUACCGAAGGAACAAGUCGUGCAAAAAGCUUGGAAUUUCGUCAAUGAUUCGCUUGAAACGACGUUAUGUCUUCAAUGGGAGCCUGAAAUAAUUGCUGUAGCUAUGUUAUAUUUAGCAUGUAAAAUAUCAAAGUAUGAUAUUAUCGAUUGGAAAGGACGAACGCCAGAAAACCAGAAAUGGUGGGACAUGUUUGUGAAAGACAUGACGAAAAAUAUUUUAGACGACAUUUGUCAUCAAGUUCUCGAUUUAUAUCAAAACCCAAGGAGCAAGGAACAGGUACCUGACAGCCCUCCACAAAGACCUCCAAGCAAAGCUUCACCACCACUCAAAAGACAAAAACUGACACAUUCUCCAGUCGCUCCAGUAGUUAAGCCACCUUCAAAUCAUAUUCCUGUUAAGGUUUCAACAACUGAUCAUGAACUUCCGAAAGUGCCUCCAGGUAACAACAACAUUCAUCAUCCUUACGGAUAUCCUUCAACGAGUUUCAAUCAAGCUCAACCAUUUAUUGUUGCACCCAAUCCACCACUUCCUGCUCAUCCAGGAAUUCAUCAGAAACCGCCUUUACCAUCGUAUCAGAUGCAACCAGCUAUCAAUCAUAUGCCUCCUGCACAACCACCACUUCCACAAGCAAUGCGAUAUCCAACAGACGUCAGAUAUCAAUCAUCAAAUGUGAGUGGCUAUUACCCGCCACCUUCUAAUCAUUAUCCUCACAAGAAUCGUUCAACAAAUCAUUAUCAUCCACCAUACCAUCAAUAGACCGUCACAUCAUCUCAUAAAGACGGUAAAACAAGAUUAAGAUUUCUUUUUUAAGAGAAAAAAACAUAGGAAGAUGUUUGAAUAGGUUUAUUUGAUUCGGCUCAAUAAAAAACUUCUUUGAAAUUGAAA